CAAUGCCAACUCCACUCGUAACUGUCAACCGGCCGCCGUUCUUCUCUUCCCCUUCUUAUAUCAUCUCCUCUCUUCUCAGACGCUUCACCGCAUAAUUAAUUUUAUCGGUUUCGAGCUUUUUUCGUUUAUGGAGGCGGCGGAUAGGAUUAAGGGGCCGUGGAGUCCGGAGGAGGAUGAGAUGUUGGAGAGAUUGGUGGAGAAAUAUGGGGCGAGGAAUUGGUCGCUGAUUGGGAAUUCGAUCCCCGGACGGUCGGGGAAGUCGUGCCGGCUCCGGUGGUGUAAUCAGCUUUCGCCGGAGGUGGAGCACCGGCCGUUUACGGCGGAGGAGGAUGAGACGAUUAUUAGGGCGCAUGCGAAGUUUGGGAAUAAGUGGGCGACUAUAGCGAGGUUGCUUAGUGGGCGGACGGAUAAUGCGAUUAAGAAUCAUUGGAAUUCUACUCUGAAACGGAAGUGCGGUUCUUCGUCGGCGGAUUUGAGCUUUAAUCCGCCGCUCAAGAGAUCUUUCAGCGCCGGCACUCCUUCCGACUCCGAUUUUAGCGAUAUUUAUAAAUCCAUCGCCACAACCACCGGAAACGGGAAGCUCCCGCUGCCGCUGCCGCUCCCUUCGGUUUUUCCGGUGAUGGAAACGCCGUCGUUUUCCGCCGCCGAUCCGGUUACCUCUCUGAGUCUCUCUUUGCCCGGAUCCAAUGAAGCUCCGCCGUUGAUAAACCGGCGAAAUCAUCUCGUCCCUAUUCCCCAGCUUCCCCCGAUGUCUCCACCUGCAAAAGUUUAUUUACCGCCUCAGAGCUUCCAGUUUGCCGCUCCGCCGCCGCCGCAGGCGGCGGAGAAGCCUUUCUUCAGCCCGGAGUUCUUGGCGGAGCUGCAGGAGAUGAUAAGGAAAGAAGUGAGGAACUACAUGGCCGGGGUUGAACACAACGGCGGCCUCUGUACGCAGGCGGAAGCAAUUCAAAAUGCUGCGGCGGCGGCGGCGAUCGGAAUUUGGCAUCGGCAAGAUUGAAUUGACACUCUCGGAUCAGUUUCACCUUUGUCUGUAGAAUUUUCGCCGGAUAAUUUUGCAGAAAUAUACAGACUAUAGAGAGAAGAGAGAAGAAAAUCAGUCCAAAAAAAAGGAGAAAAAAUUUACUAAUUUCUAUAAUGAAUUCCGGGCAGUGAAAAUCAUGUUUUUAGGGAGGUUCUACAAGUAGCAGUUCAGUUAUGACAGUUAAAUGAGAAGGGUUUGUAACGUAGAAUUCAUAAAAAUAGGUAAUGUUUUUUUACUAUUAUUUUACUAUAACAAACACUUUAUGGUUGAUGGAAUUGUGUCUCAAGAGAGAACUGAAUGAAUUGUUGGAGAAGAUGUUUGGGGGCUA